AUGGCGUCAGAAUGGGAAUCAAGCUUUGAGAGGAUACCACAAGGUCGUGUUGUCACCAUCACUCAUGGCAUGCUCUGUAUCCAGGUAAAUGACAAAAUAAUUCUAGACACUUUUGCUGUGCCACCAAACAUGAAGCUAGGUGAAGCACCGAACAUCAAGGGAAGAGCCGCAGUUUCACCACCAUUAAAAACUUUGCUGGGCAGCAUCAGGGAAAUGGUUUCUCCAAAGCCAGGAUUUCUUUCUCUUGCCUCUUGGGCUGUGUUUUUCCUGCUGCUGUGGACCUCUGGUGAAGGUGGGAAGCUCUUGGUUAUACCCAUCGAUGGUAGCCACUGGCUCAGCAUGCGCCUGGUUGUGGAGAAGCUCAGGGACAAGGGACAUGAAAUUGUGGUGGUUGCGCCAGAGAUAAAUUUGCGGAUCCACUCGUCACCACUUUACACCUUAAAAACCUACCCUGUGUCCUACACCAAGGAGUUUGUGGAGGCAGAGUUUAAACAGAUGGGCCACAGGAGUUUCACACCUCAGCCCUUCUUGGAAAAACUCUCCAAAAUUGCCAAUUUUACAAGCAUGUUCUUGGAUUCCUGCAAGCGUCUCCUGUCUGUCAAAGAGCUGAUCCAAUACCUCGAGGGAAGCAAAUUUGAUGCCGUCUUUAUGGAUCCCUUCUUCCCAUGUGGGCAGAUAUUGGCAGAACAUCUGUCCCUGCCCUCCGUGUACUUCCUACGGGGGCUGCCAUGCAGCCUGGAAUUCCAGGCCACAAUGUGUCCCAGCCCUCCUUCCUACGUCCCACGGUUCUUCACGCGCUCCACGGACCACAUGUCCUUCUGGCAGCACCUGGGCAACCUCCUGGCCACCCUGGGCAGUUCCCUGGCCUGCUCUGUCCUUUAUUCCCCCUACGAUUCCUUGAUCCGGGAGUUCCUGCAGCGGGAAGCAGCUAUGCCCGAGCUGCUCAGCCAUGCUGCUGUUUGGCUCAUGAAAUACGACUUUGUCUUUGAGUACCCCAGGCCCCUCAUGCCCAACAUGGUCUUGGUCGGAGGCAUAGGCUGCACUCUGGAAAACAAACUACCCCAGGAAUUUGAAGCCAUGGUGAAUGCCUCUGGAGAACACGGCAUUGUUGUCUUCUCGCUGGGCUCCAUGGUGUCUGAGAUUCCUAUGAAGAAAGCCAUGGAAAUCGCAGAGGCCUUGGGAACAGUCCCUCAGACGGUCUUGUGGCGCUACACGGGCAAGACACCCUCCAACCUACCCAAGAAUGUGAAGCUCGUCAAGUGGCUGCCUCAGAAUGACCUCCUGGCCCACCCCAAGACUCGUGCCUUUAUCACCCAUGGAGGUUCCCAUGGUGUUUAUGAGGGAAUAUGCAAUGCAGUGCCCAUGGUGCUGAUGCCUCUGUUUGGGGACCAGAUGGACAACGCCAAGCGAGUGGAGUCCCGGGGAGCAGGGCUGACCCUGAACAUCCUGGAGAUGACUUCCAACGACAUUUCCAAUGCCCUGAAAGCAGUGAUCAACGACAAAAAGUACAAGGAGAACAUCCAGCGCCUCUCCGACCUGCACCUGGACAGACCCAUCCACCCUCUGGACCUGGCUGUGCACUGGGUGGAGUUUGUGAUGAGGCACAAGGGGGCCCCUCACCUGCGCCCCGCUGCCCACGAGCUCAACUGGGUGCAGUACCACUCGCUGGAUGUCAUCGCCUUCCUGGCGGCCGUCACGCUGCUCUCCCUCUUCAUCUCCUUCAAGUGCUGCCUCUGCUGCUGCCGCAGGUGCUUCUGCAAGAAGGGUAGGACAGGGAAGCCCACCAAAGCCAAGUCCCACUAA